UCAACAUACAAAUAUAUUCAAACAUUUCAACAACUUAAAACUUUUACCGAAAAGAAUUAACAACAAUCGCGCCAAUAUGUCUAACUCUGUAAGACUCGAAGACAAGACUGCAUCUGAGCUUACUAUGAGGGAUUAUUACAUGGCGAUCACGCUUAACCGAAGCGAAGAGGAGCGGGAGGCUAUUUUAGCCGAGGCUCGUGAGUGCGAUUUUGAUCGUCCUUGGCCCAUUUAUGAAUAUGACCCGAAGCUUCACCUUGACACAACACCUGAAGAGCUGUUGUCCCCCGAAGUACUUGCGAUGCCGUUUGGCGAUGUCUUGAACAACUUCUCGCAGCUUGACGGUAUGGUUCAAGCUCACGUCAGAUUCUUCUUUCGGCAGAAAUUAGGUAUUCUCGAGGAGCACGGUCGUCAGGUUCUUUAUGGUACUGCUGGUUCUCGUGAACUACCAGUGCCAGGUCGUGAUGACGCUAGUGAGGGUACUCUAACGACCGAAAGCGACCUGGGAGAGACAGAACAAUCGAAGGGCGAGGCGAAGUCGAAGGCUUCUACCAAGGUCUCGGCCCCGGUGUCGAAGAAACAAGGAACUUUUGUUGGUUCCGUUCUUCGCAAGCUACAUGGCACUCACUAGCUUCAAUGGCUUCAACUCAUGUUUUCCUUACCCAGACUGGUGCCUAGACAAGUAAUCCAAGAUAUUCAAGAGCAAUAUUGAAUAUCUUUAACAUUCAUUACAUUUAGUAAGUAUGUUUUUCGGUGUAAGUAGAAUUCAUAUAAAUUAAUAAAAU